AGGUGCUGCAGCUCGUUCCUGCCCGGAGCUCCAGCGGUCUCCCGCCGUGUUGUGCUGUGAUGUGACGGGGGAGAAACCCGCAGUAAACACCAGCCAGUGAGUGAAACCCUCCCCCCCCCUUCAGCCUGUGUGUACCCGGGCUUGCAUGGCUCUCGGUCGGCCCGGCCGGACAAUAGACCGCUCUCCUGUCCGCUAGUAGCAGCAGCAACAGCAGCAGCUUCUCCCCGAUCCCUGCAGCACUCUCCGCGGCUCCAGAUGGCUGGACACGAGUGGGAAGACUGGUUCGAGCGGGAGGAAUUUAUCGGACAGAUCAGCGACAUCCGAGUGCAGAAUCUGCAAGUUGAAAGAGAACUGGUUCAGAAGAGGACCUUCACCCGAUGGAUCAACCUACAUUUAGAAAAGUGUGACCCGCCCAUUGAGGUGCAUGAUCUCUUCCAGGACAUCCAGGAUGGACACAUCCUCAUGGCCCUGCUGGAGGAGCUCUCUGGCUGCAAGCUGCUUCAUCGUUUCAAGAAGUCCUCCCAUCGUAUUUUCAGACUCAACAACAUCGCCAAGGUGCUGUCUUUCCUGGAGGAGAGAAACGUAAAGCUGGUCAGUAUCGAUGCAGCUGACGUCGCAGAUGGAAAUUCGUCCAUCGUUUUGGGACUCAUCUGGAAUAUCAUCCUGUUCUUCCAGAUUAAGGAGGUCACUGGGAACAUCAGGAGCCAGUUCCCCUCCUCUUCCAGCCUAUCAUCCAUCCCCACCAGCUCUGACUCUGACACCUCCUACUGCAGCACGCCAUCAGACGAGAGACCCUCCGCAUCCAUAGCCAUGCGAGAACACAGCAAGGCCAUCAAGAAACUGCUGCAGUGGGUUCAGAAGCGAACACGCAAGUAUAGUGUGGCAGUGCAGGACUUUGGGAAGAGCUGGACAAGUGGUCUGGCCUUCCUGGCUGUCAUUAAGUCCAUUGACCCCAGCCUGGUCGACAUGAGGAAGGCACUGCUGAGGACCGCCAAGGAGAAUCUGGAGGACAGCUUCAGGAUAGCCCACUUCAGCCUGGGUAUCCCACGCCUACUGGAGCCCGAGGACGUGACCAUCAAUCCACCAGAUGAGCAAUCCAUUAUGACCUAUGUGUCACAGUUCCUGGAGCACUUCCCUGGCAUAGAGGAGCCGGAGGAGCCCUGCCAGCUGAUUGAACGAAGUGUCUCUAUGGGCCGACUCAACUUCCGCAACAGUGACUCCAACCUCCUAAGGAAUAGCACUCAACAAAGCCGAGUGAAGGAGAGGUCCUACAUGUUCCAGAGGGUCUGUUCCCAACCCCCACCCAAAAUCUUAAUUUCCUCUGUGUCAGAGGACAGGAGCAGCAUGUCACCCCACUUCAGGCCAGCUGCACCUCGCUCGUGGUCCAGCGAAGACUUCUUAGCAGAUUCCCCCCACAUGGAAGACAUCUCCAGCAGUGUGGUUGAAGAGCCCAAGGAAUCCGCCAGUGAGGUCUUAACAAACUUAACCUCUAACUCCCCACAACUGUCUGACACUCAGUCGCCCACAGGCUCAUCACUGCCGGAGUCUGUAAACACUGAGUCAGUAAUUGGCGACUCAGCAAUCAGCUCGCCAGACUCCUGGGUGGAGAGCGAGUUUGGGGUGAUAUCCGAGAAGUUUUGUGAAAGCCGAAGUGACAGUUCUUUGUGUGACAGCGGAACAGCCUGGGAUGUGUAUCGUGCCACCCCCGUGGAGGUCACUACUCUUGAUGAAGAAUUUGUCCUAUCCUUAGAGGAUCGAGCACCCGAUGAGUCAUCGAUUACUGAGUCGUAUAUUGAUGAAGGGAUUUAUUCACUGAGCUCAUUGGAGAGCACCCAGGAGAGAAUCCAAAGGCAUUCUGAGAAAAAACAAGUGGAAGGAGUGAAAGAGAAAGAGACAAACCUUGAGAAGUACAACCAGGACAUGGCACAAGGACAGGUCCCUGAUCAUAGCAAAGCUCACAUUACGAAAGAAGUAGACUCUAAACAGAUAGAUACAAAUCAGAGCAGAGAGCAAGAACCUUCUUUUGGACUGUGUAAUGCAGAAGAUGGUGUUGGAAAUCCCUUUGAAACUGGUCAAUCUAACCAGUCCCAACUCAAGCAAGCCAGUGUUGAAGAGAGCACUUACAAAGAACCGGAAUGUUUAAAGAAAGCUGUGGACUUUAUUGGGGAUGGACAAGACCAUGAAGGACAAAUUAAUGGUCAAACUGAAAGUCCGAAUGAGAGCAAUAACUCUGAGGAGUUUGAAGUGGAAACUGAAUGUCAAAAAAAUGAUUCUUUGUCAGAGCAGACCAGUGGGGAGUCAGGGAUUUUAAAUGAAAGGGGUGAAGGGGUUGUAGAAACACAAGAUGGUGCAAGUGAAGAAGACUACCCAGAUGCUCAAGAAAGAUUUAGCUCUGAGACUUUGGCAAACAUGCCUCCAACCAACCAAGACACAGCUUCAAAAACAAGUCUGGACACAAGCAUGGGCAUAAAUAUUCCUCUGAUCUCUAUUUCCAGUGAGCCAGAAGAGCAGGAUGAAGAGGAGACAUGUGACCCAGAUGGGCAAGAUCAUGCUGGGGAUGAUGAGGUACAUCAGGCAGAGGGUACUGACACAGAUGUCAACAUCUUUGAAAAUCCACCUGAAUUGGGCUGUGACUCCAAUUACAAUGUUGACAAAAACUCUGUUGAGAUUGCUUCCUGCCUGGUUUUAGAAAAUGUUAAACCAACAGCUUCAGAACAAAUAAAGGACAUAGAAAGUGGGCAUUCGGUUGAACGUGACAUCAGCAGAUCAUCAAAUGCAUAUGACAUAAGUGGGCCAGACACAGGAGAUAACAUGGCAAUAAGUGAAGCCAAACAGGAAUGUGAGUCUCCUCACCACGACUCUGAGACAGGUAACACUGAGAAGGACUUGUUUUGCCAGACUUCUUCUACGGAUGCUAAAUCUCAACCUGUGAAUACUGAACAGGAAAUUGAUUCAACCGAUCAACCUGAUGGACAUGAGGACAAACUGGGGGACACCUUUUCUGACAAUGAAACAGCUACCACGCAGCAGAACACAUUAGCUUCAGUCAAUUCGAAACCAAAUGGUACUACAGGGAUUUCGUGUUAUGAACCAGGUAGUGUAUCCAGAGUUAUGGACUUGUUUUAUACAGACUUUGAUCAAAAUUCUCCCACAGAGGACGUAGUUGGUGACACUAUCGAACCCAUGGAUCUGUUCUACCCUGACAAAGAGGAGCCCAUGUUUACAGAGCCACCUGAUACUGAAAUGCAGAGCUGGCCUUCAGUUUUGAGUGUAUCUGCUCUCCAGCCAGCACCGGCUUCAGAGACUCAACCUGACCAACCACUCGACCUGCUGGGUGAGGACGACUUCAGGAAUGGAGUGGAUUAUAUACAAGAGAACGACAAGGUGAUCAUCAAGACCAACCAGGAGACGGACAAAGCAUCUAAAUCCCAGGAACACCGUUUGUCAUCCGGGGAGAAGAUAGGAGGAUUCUGGGGUGCUGAUGUUCCAGGAGACAGUAGUGAUCUUAGUGAGGCUGAGCAGCAUAGUUUAGGCUCUGCCAGCGAAAACACAGAGCUAGUGAGGAGUGACAGUAAAAGUUUCAACGGACAGGAUGAAAGCCAGAUCCCCCCAGUUCUCCGUCACAGAAAGGGGGCUCGGAUCACUCAGUCCAUGGACAAUCAGACGGCCGUGACUGCAGCGACCAGAGAAGCUGACAACGGCGACUCCGAUUUUUGGCGGAGUGAGAGCUGGGAGCUCUAUCUGCUGCUGCUGCUGUGGCUGCUCCUCUAUUGUUUCUUGCUGCUGCCACAGAUGGACCUUAAGACACUGCCCAGCCUGCUACUGAACCUUAACCAGUGAACACACACACACACACACACACACACACACACACACACACACACACACACACACACACAUCUACAUCUACAUAGUUAAAGGGAAAAAUAAUUUUAUCAAAUGUAAUGUAACUUUUGCACCAUCACCAAAACAAACAUAUAGACAAACACACACACACACACACACAC